AUUUUCACAAACCUGUAACGAGUUUUUUAAUUAAUUGUUAGCAACAUCGACUAAGUCAAAUAGUUACUAACUUAAAAUGGAGAACAGGAGAACACAUCGCGCGCGCAGUUAUUUUUUCAAGCACAAGUCAAUUCAGCCAUGUUCGAAAACUAUGUCACAUACAAUAUUAUAUGUCUACUAAGGUGUGGCAGAGUAUUUGUUAAGUGAUCUAGGAAUUAAUUUUAACAUGAAAUCAUAUAUUUUAAUGAAGAAUUUCCGAAACAAUGAUAAUUUUAUAUCGAAAAAUUUGAAUACUGCAGAUAUUAUCCUAAAGUAUUGCUUGAUUAUGUGUUUGAGCUUAUAAGUGUAAAUGUAUCAUGUUUCGAACGUCAAUUAACGAAUGUUGAUUUUUGUCGAAAAUUACUUGAAUUUCUUUUCGAUAAAUAAAUAGGAAUAUGUGUUAGCCUUAAAAUGGAUGAAGUGAAGAAUGAAACUCUGGAUCUAUCGAGGCGUGGGUUGAAGAAAAUAGAGAAAGCGCCCACUGAAGAAUCUAAAACUAUAAUAAACUUGAUCCUGGACCAGAAUGAACUGCAGCGUCUUGAUAAUAUCGACACCUACAGUCGCAUCGAAAGUCUCUCAAUAUGCAACAAUUUCUUGUUACGUAUGCAUGGAGUCUCUCGCCUGACGAACAUCCGCAUCUUGGCACUGAACAACAAUGGUAUUCUCCAAAUCGAAGGACUGAAAGACUUGAUCUACCUUAAAGUAUUAAAAUUGGCUGGAAACAACAUUAAAUCAAUAGAACAUUUGAAUCACAACAUACAUUUGGAACUCUUGGAUCUGUCUAACAACCAGAUAUCAUUUAUAUCUGAUAUAUCUUACUUAAAAAACUUAAGGCACUUGAAUCUCGAAAGGAACCGAAUCUCAGACCUGAGGCAGUGUGACCGGUAUCUUCCCACACAUUUAGAGCACUUAGGGCUUGGUCACAACAACAUCCAGGACUUGAAUGAGAUCAGUCACUUGGUGCACUUGAACAAAUUAGAAAGUUUCUCUAUACAGGGUAAUGUUUGCGUCGCUAUGGCUGGUAAAGACAAACUAGGUUUUGAUUAUCGUCCAUUUGUUCUCAACUGGAUCAUGAGUGUCAAGACUAUUGAUGGUUUCGUCGUCAGCGCCAUAGAGAGUUUGAAAGCCGAAUGGUUGUACAGUCAAGGUAAAGGACGGCAUUUCCACGCGGGUCAGCAUCAGGAACUGUGCGAAUACCUGGCCUCCACCUGCCCUCUAACAGCAGACGCUCUGGAGACCGAGGAUCAGAGGAAACUCCGCCUUAUACUCAGUAAGGCACAGCAUCACCAGCAACAGUUAAAGGAUCAAAAUCACAGUCCGUUGAAACCGAAACUGCAGUCGCCAAGGAUGCAAUCACGGAUAUCGACCCCGCGACACAUGGGUCGCUCGCCCGACCGCUUGACCUCGAGCUACCACUCCGCGCUCAGCAAAACCAGCUCGCCCUCACAUCAGAUGACGUCAUCACUCUGCGGAGACCUUCCCUCGAUUCCCACCGCCAUGAGCCAAAGCUUCGACUCGCCAGGACUCAUGUAUGCCACUGAGAAGCAAAACAGCUCCAGGGAAAAGGAGAGGGAAAAGCCACAAGAAAUACCACAGCCAAAGCCAGUAAAUCAUUCACUAGAAGCCGCAUCCAAAAUGGUACCCGUACCUGAGUCCUUAAUGAGUCCCGACUAUCAGGACCCUAUCUACGACAUCCAAAGAAGUAUACCAAAACCGACAAAUAACUCGGUGCACAGCAUCUCCAACACGUCCUCACAGUCCAGUAACAGCAGCAUUCACGAAGACAGACCUAGACAGGCCAAAAAUAUGAAAGGCUCCCCGAAACUACCAAAGAGUGCCACCUCAUCCCCCAAACUAAAAACGAAAAUGGACCAAAGAAAAAGCAGUUUAUCGAAAAUCGAAGUCAAAAAUGAAGAGAAGAAAAUCAAUGGCAUCACAAAUGAUGCAGAAAACUUAGGAACUGAUAUCAUGAAGUUGGCGUCCAAUCAAAGGAGGCAGAAGAAAAUGAGCGUGGAGUCAAUGGCCGCCGUGACUAUACAGAAGAUGUGGAGAGGGUACCGCAGCAGGAACCUGAACAAGGACACGCUGAGGAUCCUGCACGCGAUACAAGCUGCGAGAGCGAGACAACACAUACAGCGGCUGACGUGCGACAUGGAGGCUACUAAGGCGGCCUUGGAAAGUGAGAGAAAAAUACAGCAGCUGCAGAUGCAGGCCAUUAAUGCAUUGUGGAAGAAAGUGUCUACAUUACAAGCAGCUGACAAUCACAAAGGACGGAUAUCGGAGUGCGAAGACAACACGGACGUGUUGCGACAGCUCACCGAGACAUGCUUCAGUUUACAAACUCAGGUUGUAGAACUGCAAGGCUGUAUGCAAGAGGUGUUGAAAGCGGUGUCGAGUAAGAACCUAGCCGAGCCAGUCGCCACGCAGACAGACAUCACGGCCGUCAUAACGCCACAGGAGGAGCGUGGCACAUGGCUCCGGCGGCCGCAGUCGCUGCCGCUGAGCGCGGCCUCGGCGCCCGCGCCGCUGCGGGAACACGCUGAAAAAUCCAGCGAUUCGGCAGCUCUAGGCAUAGAGCGAACAGAGUCCGUUAUUGAGGAGCAAAUGAUGGAAACCAAUGACGUCGUCGAGGAAGCGAGAGAGUGUGACGUCACCGCCGAAUGACACGCCCAUUUAGGAGGUACUGAUCAUACACAUUGAACAUUGUUUAUUGUAAAGAGAUAGCUUAUUAAUAUACUGAUAUAUCUUAUCAGAAGGAAUAUUUGGUUAUUUAAUAUUCAAACUAAAAAAGGGGAUUGUAUUUAACAUUGUGCAGCUAUUUCACCAAAGAUAGAACAUUAAAUUUGCCUGUUUAUUUUUAGAUUCGUUUUAUUUAUUAUAUUAACUCUACUCCAAAUAUUCUGAUCUGUGUUUGCUAUCUCUUUACGGAACAAUUUUUGUGAUGAUUUUGUUAUUCAGGAUAAGGUAAAUUGAAACUAUUCAUAGUACAUGUAAGGUUUAUAUUCGUGGUACGCUGAAGCAAAGCUUGGUUUGUUAAGUGGGCUUGUCAAAGAAAUAAGAAUGAAUGGGGGAAUUGGAAAGAAUUGGCUUUUGGGCAGUAAUGUAAGGUUUUUAAGGCAUCGCUUUAAAGUUAUGUUUAGCCUUCUCUUACUGUGUCUGUCCUACAGUAUGUCUUGCCAGAUUUGAGCCCAACGAAAAUAAUUAUAUAUAAUUUAAUAGAACGAUUCGUGUUAAUUUACUUGCUUUCAUAACUAAAUUGUUAUAGCAUUUCAAAAGACAAGCGAGGCUAAAUAAUGCAAUCAAAGAAUAUAACAUAAGAUUUUUGCAUGUCUAAACUUUGGUUGCUGGGAACAAGACAAAACUUAUUUUAAAAUUGAAAAAAUUAUAUUAGACUGGUAUAUAUGACAAUUCAUUUAGAUAUUAAGUGGUUUGUAUAAGUGUUGACAUUAUUAUUUAAUUCAAAUCUGUAAUUGCACUUGCAUAACCUUAUGACAUUGACUAAUUCGUCGUUAUUCUUUAGUAAAACAGGGUCGUGUUUUAUAAGAACGAAAGAAGGCCACAUUACUAAGGCAUGGUUAUUUUUAUUAGUGACCAAUCCUACAACAUAGAAAACCCCCUAAUAGAUAACAGAUGUGGAAUUUGUUCUUAUUCACCAAGUUCUGGAGAUUCAAUUUGUUUUUUGUUUCAAUAUCAAAUAACUGUAUAGCUGGGCUCGAUCUCGGUGCCGUAUUAUAAUGUUGGUCCGCGUAAGUUAGCUUAUAUACAAAAUCUAUUUGGAGGUUAUCUAUGUCCUAUAAAUACUGCCUCUGUCUUACGGUCAAAAAGACUCGUACCGGCUAAAGUAGGGGAAUACUUCGUCAUUACCUAUAGCCGAGGCCAGACUGUAACUCUUGCUAGCUUAACCUUUGCCUUAAGUUAUGGGAACAGCUGAUUUAAAAAGCUUAAAAAGACAAAAUAUUAAAGACAGCUACUAAAAUGUGAUUCUCAAGCCCCUGUUAAUAUUCAUAGUGUUCUUUUCAACACUUCUUCACAUGUACCUUAAUUUUGUUAAUUAAUAUUUAUUUAUUACGUUUGAAAUAUUGAGAGGGAAUAAUAUAAUCAUAGAAGGCAUAAUAUUACAGUAGGUUAUUUAACACUUAGUUAACGUUAGUUUUAAUAUGUUCACUGUAUCAUGGUUGUUGGUUGUCGAACGUAUUAACUCUCAGAUUAGUAUUAACACUGGAUCACUGGUAAUUGAUAUAGGACCUGGGUCCCAAUCCUGCUAUCUUCAAUGCCUGGAUCCUGAUCCUGAAUGAAUGGAAAUAGAAUUGAAAUGUCACCGUACGUAUUCUCCACAGCAUUUUUCAAACACAAUAAUUCGAUAUUCAGUACGGGGCGGAACAAUGAAUUUCUAAUUUUAGUAGUAGCAAAAUGCUUAGCAGAAAACGAAUAGUGUCAAAUUGAAUCCAAUUGCCAUUCCCUCAUCGGCCAUUGUGAAUAUCAGAAUUGGGGCUCUGGUAUUUUACUCGAGUUGAGGAGGUUUCAUUCUGAAUGUACGCAGCAACUAGCAACUUCUACUGUAGAAGUAAUCUGUAUGUUUAAAUGUGAUUGUUGACUAAAAUUGACUUUUGACUAGCAUUCCAAUUGUUAACUAGCGUUGACACAUAACAACUUCGUACCAAACUUAAAUGUGUGACAAUGAAUUGAAUACUGAAACGCCAUAUUUAAUUCGCUUAAAAACUACGAAAGUUAUUAUAAACGAACCAUAUUAUAAAGACCUCCGUCUUGUCCUUAAGAAGAAGAGCCAUUCCGAUAAAUAUGGGCAAGUAAACCGGUAUCAAAUAAUUAUUAAUCCACCUCACGCAAGUUAUCAUAAUGUAGUGAGUCGUCUUAAAGUGGUAUUUCAGUAUUCGGAGCUAAUAUAAACUUAUAAGGAACACAUAGUUAAUAUCGACUACUUACUCAAUAUAUAAACACGUAUAAUAAAUAAUGCAAGACACAACUCUACGGUUAGUAUUUAACAGUAAUAUUUAUUUCACUUUUAGUUAAACACUGACUUCACUGCCAUUUUACAAAUAACCCACUGAUUUUUUACAUUUGUACCACAAACAUCAUUCACAAAUUUCAUUAUGAUAUACAAUCGGCUGAUAAGGCAGUAUUAAAGGUUAUAAUAUAAAUUUAUUUCUACAUUAGAGGGAAACUUACAUGUUAAAGUUAUUUAGAUUAAAAUUUAUACAAGAAAUAUAAGAGAUUUUUAAUAUUUAAAAGAAAUUCGCAAUCUCUGAUUGAAAGAAACAGUGAGAAAAUACUGCUAGGUCUUUAAGUGGGACUAUCUUUGUGGAAGUGAGAUGUAGCUUCUUUGAAAUUCUCUGUCUCGCUUUCUCAAUAGUCCUGCUAAGGGCACGUAGUUUUAACUAUGUAAAAAUUAAAUUACAUUAAACCAACGUCAAAGUACAUUUUCCACGUGUUGUUAGUAUUUUUUUCACGAAUAUUAUCUUUAUAUUUUACACAUAGUUUUGCAAUAUACACUUACAAAAACAGUAAAAAUACUAGGCCUUUUUAAGAUUAAAAGAUGUUGCUUAUUAAAUUGUGUGUUUAUGUGUUUUAAAAACUAAAUUAGACUGCAUUUAAGUCUAAUGAGAUUUAUUUAGUAUACAAUUGUAAAGGUAAUGAUUAACUUUAGCCGAUACCGACGAGAUCCAUUUUCCUACGUACUCACGCUUAUUCGAGAAUUGAUUCUGAAUAUUUACAAGGUUUUCCUACUCUCCACUUGGUAUAACAAGUUGUGUUGUAAGGACUAUAAAAUAUGCCUAUCCAAUAAUCACGUACCAAAAAUAAUUAUUUUUAAUAUUUACGACAAAAGUUAUAAAGGCCCACUAUAUUCUUAAGAAUUUUCUAUUAGCUAGGAAGCCAAUGCAUUCUGGCGAUUUAAUUCGCAUUGCCCUUGCAAUGUGCGCUCCACGGCCUGUAACACACGAUUCAACUCUAAAAGGCUGUGACAUUAUUGCUCUCUUACUGGAGUACAAAUUGAAUAUGGACCUUCAGGUGUUUGGUGUAGGGCUCACAUUUCAGUGAUUUAUUUUAUUAAGAGUUACUUUAGAGUCGACCAUGUGCGCUAUGGUUGUUAUUGGUAUUUGUAAAAGUUGAAAACGAGAUGCCUUGUGUAUUGAGCUUUAUUUUUUAUUUCAUCGGGUGUGUACUAGUUUUGAAUCUUUACGCUUUAAUAUUGUUUUUGAUAUAAUUUUAUAACGAUGUCCUUGUAAUUGUGACAAGAAUUGCGAACAAAGGGGGAUAUUUUUUUUUAUUGAUCAUGGAAGUCAGGUUAGUCACAAUACAAUGGAUCUCUUACAUGCUAAGUACUAGUCAUUUUUAACAACGCAUUGUCAUUUUUAUUAGUUGCGGUCAGUGCAAAUAAUUUUAGCUUCGCGUUACACUACACUAAUGUGUUCACAGAACAUUCAUUUUCAUUUUUAUCUAUCUGUGGCGAGGGUUGAGGAUUAAUCAAUUAAGUUUUACUGAAUUUUGUUAAACUUGUACACUCGAAAUUUAAAGUCCACUUAUGGAAAGGAGGAAAUAGAUUAAAAAAAAUCUGAACUGCUAUAAGACUAGUGACCAAUUAAUGAGAUCAGAUAGAGGCUUUUAAGAUUGAAAGUAGAUCACAGCGUACAGUAAAACUUGAUUGACUAAUUUAUGGAUAAUGUUGUAUUUAGUAUAACAAAUGUAUUAACAUAAGAUUAUUCAAUAAAAUUAUGUAAAAUCUUUUGGUGUCUUCACAAAGUCUUGAAGAAACAGCUACUGCUUACGCGAUUUUAAUUCUUACUUCAAUUUUCAUAGCAUUAACUGCUGAAAUGAGACAUUUGCACGUACUAACUUAAUGAUUUUGGUUUUUAGGGUCAUAGGUUUAAUUAAAAAUCCGUUUUUGUAUAUAAAAUAAUCAUAUUUCUUUAAGCUAUUUUGGUCCUUGCAUUGAAUCGGCUGAUGCAUAUUUAAUGUAUUUCGAAUUACCAGUUUUCACAUUAUGAGCUACGUCUACUUAACACGUUUUGAGUAAGUAAGCAUAGCACUUGUAUAUUUUAGGAAUGUUUGUGAAGUCACCAUCGGAUUCCAAAGAUACUUGCCGUCCUGUGUAUUUUUCUCACUGCGUACCCAUCUUAUUUGUUGUCCAUUACGUUAUAGCCUGUAUUUAUUAUGUUUUAUAAAAACAAUUUUAA